CAGAAAUGAAGACACAUUAAUGCUAACCAGCAGCUAGCAUCACAGCUAACCUAUUAUUAUGACCAUGCUGGCAGUGUUGGUCCUGGUCCUGGUCCUGGUCCUGGCUGCAGUCUGUCCCUCGGCGGCCCAGUUCACUCCGGACUGGAAGAGUCUGGACUCCAGACCGCUGCCUGCCUGGUACGACGAGGCCAAGGUGGGGGUCUUCAUCCACUGGGGGGUCUUCUCGGUCCCCGGCUUCGGCAGUGAGUGGUUCUGGUGGCACUGGCAGGGCCAGCAGCCUCCGGACCAGAAGUGUGUGAGCUUCAUGUCCAGGAACUACCCUCCAGGAUUCAGCUACCCGGAGUUUGCUCCUCAGUUUCACGCUCAGUUCUUCAACCCGGAGGACUGGGCGGAUAUAUUCAAGGCUUCUGGAGCAAAAUAUGUCGUCCUGACUGCCAAACACCACGAAGGAUUCACUAACUGGGGCUCUCCAAACUCCUGGAACUGGAAUUCAGUUGAUACUGGUCCUCACAGGGACCUAGUGGGAGACCUGGGGGAGGCAGUGCGCAAGAGGUCAUUGCACUAUGGACUCUACAACUCCCUGUAUGAGUGGUUCCACCCGCUCUACCUGAGUGACAAGAAGAAUGGAUUCAAAACUCAGGAGUUUGUGAUGCAUAAACUUCUACCAGAGCUGUAUAACAUGGUCAUGAGGUACAGACCUGAGCUGAUCUGGUCUGAUGGGGACUGGGAAGCACCUGACACCUACUGGAACUCCACCGAGUUCCUGUCCUGGCUCUACAAUUACAGCCCUGUGAAAGACACCAUUGUGACAAAUGACAGAUGGGGAGCUGGCUGCUCCUGUAAACAUGGCGGCUACUAUAACUGUGAUGAUAAAUAUACUCCAGGACAUCUGCCCAAGCACAAAUGGGAGAAGUGUACAUCUGUGGACACAUUUUCCUGGGGCUAUCGGCGUAACAUGAAGCUGAGUGAACUGAUGGACUUACCCACUAUCAUUGAGGAUCUGGUUCGUACUGUGGCUCUGGGAGGAAACUACCUUCUGAAUGUGGGUCCGACCCCUGAUGGGAUGAUCCCAGCGGUGUUUGAGGAGAGGCUGAGGGGUGUUGGAGCCUGGCUGGAGGUCAACGGGGAGGCCAUCUACGCCUCCAAACCCUGGAGGGUCCAGACGGAGAACACCACGGUACCAGUGUGGUAUACAUCUAAAGGAAGUGCUGUUUAUGCCACCAUGACAGUCAAACCCUCCAAGCCUGCAUUGCUGCUGUUUGAACCCAUAACAUCAGCAUCCACUAAGGUAACCUUAUUGGGAGAUCCAGAUCCCCUCCCCUGGACCCCGGUCUACCCCACUGGUGGCCUCACGGUGCUUCUGCCUGAACUGCCCUGUUCCCCCGGUCAGGCCUGGACACUCAGACUGGACGGAGUCCUGUGAGCCUUAAAGCCUUGAACUGUUAAACCUCCAUAUGGCUUAAUAAGGAGACUGGGUUGAAUUAAAGGGACAGUUAUGGACUAAGGUUUAAGGGACAGUCCUCCAGUAAUGGGCUUGUAUUUUUGCCAACAACUGAAAUCAAAUCAAAUCAAACUUUAUUUAUAUAGUGCUUUUCAUACAUAAAAAUGCAACACAAAGUGCUUUACAAAAGAAAUAAGAAUAAAAACAAACAAUAAAAAUGACAAAACCCACCCACAUACACAUCUGUAAGUAUACAAACACAAACACACACACACGCAUUUAGUCAUGCACGCACACAAACACACACUCAGACUCACACACAGCACAUAUUGAUAUAUUAUACACAUAUUAUUGAAAGAAUUUAACACUCUUCUUCAAUGAUUCCUUUGCAGCUCUGAGGACUAAUAUUGAAUGUAUCACUGCGUUAUUAAUUAAUUAAUAAUAACUUUCUUUAAGUGACUGAAUGAUUUGAAUCAUCUGUGCAGGUUAUAAAGCUUCCCUGGCAGCUUUUCAGCUAUUUAGUUGUUGUUCUUUCAGAAAUGAUUCAUUUUUUAAAACUGAUUUGUUGGAAAAUGAACUGUUUACAUAAAGAGCACUCUUAUUUUUUUACUGGAUGCUUUUAAAAUGGCUGAAUAAAAGAUUUGUCUGAUUAAA